GUUUGGAAGUAGAUUUUGAAAUAUAGCUUGAAAUACUGUAUUGAAUUUUUCUCAGCAGAGUAGAAUCUGGAGCAGUUCGUAUAGUCACGUGGAAUAAUGCUUGAGUUGCUGGAGAUUUUGCAGAGCUGCAUUAAUCACAAAGCUUAGGCAGCUUGGUCACAGAACCUCUUUCGCUAAAAUUGGUUUGCAAGAAAGAAAAUUACGCAUCCUGAGAAGAUGCCUAGAAGUCUAAAGCUUGAGAUGGUUCCUGGGUAGUGUUUUCUCAGAUUCAGUGAAGCUUAAAAGGAUAGGACCUAGUAACAGGACUCUCUGAACAUCCAGCACUGGUGGAUGAAAAUGGCCAUGCCACAAAGGAGGACUGCAUAAGAAAGAAAGGUUUGGGGGUUUUUUUCUUUAAAAAAAAAAAAAAAAUUAUGAGCUACUUCACCUUUUGGGGUGCCAUAGUUUGACACUGCUGCGAGGGAGAAGCAGUGAAUUGACAAUCAGAGUUCUAAUUCCCAUCCUCUGACAGAAUCCUGAUACCAUUUUGAUCCUGAGAGAUGCCUUGACCAAAGGGACUGAGAGGGCAUCUGCAAUAACAGAAUUACCUUCAUCAUCAUUGACUAUAUCUUGAGAAACUCUUGACUUCUCUACAUCAUGCUUUUUUUUUUUUAGCUUUCUAUUUUUUUUUCUUCUCACCCAUACAUCCGACUUUAUGCUUAUUAUUAAAAGAAUCUGUCCUUUUCAGCCAAAACAGUAUCUUUUGCAGCACGGCUACGAGUUCUGAUCAGAGAGGCAAUAAUCAGUCAGAGAAAAAUUUGCAAGGUCUUGGGACACCAGGUAAGACCAUCUAUUCACGGAGUCAGAAAGACAAGCUACGUUUACAAUAUUUGCUCUUCUUUAUAGAAAUACAGCAGGCCCCUCUACCUGUACUUGUGCUGUUUUGGCUUCAAGAAAACAUAGCUGGGCUCCGACAAACAUUCACAACUGCUGCAGGUGAUCACAGCAAACUUCCUCUUUGCCCCCAGCAGGAGAGGUGCUUGCCAUCUGGAAUACGAGGCUUAGAUGACCAGCAAACAGGAAGUUUUCCUUUCAAAAAUGUGUUUCCAUAUGAAGACAAGAGAAGAAGGGAUGUUAAGAUUAAAUCCUCAUUUAGUAUAGAAUGUUUGCAUUUUAUCUCAUUCUUGUCUGCCAUUGUUUUUAACAAAAGAUUUUAAUUUUGAUUUUUUUUGCCUGAAGUCUAAGCAGGCUGAGGUCUCUUGACUUGAAGUCUUGAACUGUGAGCGACUGUUCAUGAUUUGUAGGGGUGAAAUUUAACACCUUUAGCUCUCUCAUCCCACUCAGCCUCAAAAUUAAUAUAACACACCUAUUACCAAAUUGCAGGCAUUUCAUUCAGGACUGCAGAAACAAAUGUUUUCUGUGCUUCCUCCUUCCCCUCCAAUUAAUGCUUCAGUGUAUGACUCAUUUAACCCUUAGAAAACUGAAGAUGAACAGGCUUAGCUUGGUUUGCCUGUCCCUUUCACACAACCAGGGACAGCUGGAUGGUGGCUUGCUUGAAAAUUUUCUUUGAAAGCCUUAGGUUUAGGUCAGUAGCCCUUGAAACUUCUGUAAUACAUUUAAAAUCCCCCUGUUGCGUGUGAAGCUUUAAGAACUAAUAUGGCUGCUUCUGUUGGAUAGAGGACAGAGAAACCCUCUAAAAAAUCAGAGUGCACCAGCUGUUACUCAGGUGGGAGCACAUAGCUGUUGCCAGAAAUUAAUUAUUUCUUUCAGGAGUGGAAGGUUUUUGCAGGGGUUUGUUUGCCACUUUGGAAAGAACUUGGGAACUAUGUGACCUCUGGCAAUGUAGCUGAUGUGAUCAUAAGCAGAAAUAUAUAAUUACAGGUUUCUGGUAUAUGUCCAAAAUCCUUGAGUGAAUAAUAUUCAAAAAGGAGGCUUGUAAUGAGCAUGGGGAGCAAUUAAAACUUGUACUUUGGAACCAGAAGCCCACAUACUAUUAGAUUUUUGUCCAUGAUAUGUGCCAGAUAAUUGACAAAACAGCUACACAUGCAGUGAAUUACUACACCUAGUUUUUCUGAUUCCACAGGAGAAAUUGAGUUUCUCAAGUGAUACAUAUCAGACUAUUUCAAACAAUUAUUUUAGCCUCUGCUGUACUCUGAACACUUUCUUUAAAACCAGUUUUAGUCCACAAAGAAAUUUUUCCCAUACGUGGGGCUAUGUGUAGUCUCACGGCCCAUGUCAGCCACUUUAUGCGCACAUAUUGGGAAGUAGCUGCCCUUUUCUGUGCACUCUGGUGAUGUGAGUCUGCAACUGGUUCUGCACCAAAAUCUGUAACUGCUAAUGCGCUCCAGUUAUCAGUAAAAGGGAGUGUGUAAAUGUAGUGUGAUGUCAGAUACCAUAUCAGAGCAGAUUCCUGGCAUUUGACUAGUCACCUUGGUGACUGGCAGGAAUGCUAUUCUACCUACAUAAUAUCAACAUACAAAACUGAUAACGUGGGGGUUAAACACCCUCCAAAACCUAGAAAAUGUGCUGAAUGAAGUGAAAGUGUAAAUGUUUUUAUGUAUAUUUAAGUAGUGUGUAGCGCAAAGGAAACUGAUCUGUGACAGACUGGGAGUCCUGAUACAAUGUGGGUUGCCCUGCUGAGAGCUCAGCUCUUUUUUAGCUUUAGAAAUGUUACAAAGCAUCGUUGCUGAAGUUCAGCUGCAGGUUAGAGCAGGGAAAGGCACUCUAGGGAAAAGAGUGGGACUCUCUGGGAGGUGAGGCAUUCUGCUGAGGAGAAGGUUCAAAACCGCUGUGAAACCCAUGUUUUUACUCAGGGCUUCAGUUUGGCUGGUUUUUCCUUCAGAAACAUUUACUGAGAUUGACUAUAAUGCUCAUUUGUAGUCACUGUUUGGUCAAGAGGAAGCAGUAUUGAUAAGCCAAUAAAUGAGAAAUUUCCGUAUUCUGCAAGGUGGCUCUGUGUUACCAGUUAGGUUUCCACAGCUUUGAUCCUUGUGGCUUGGGCAUAAAUGCGAUACAAUCUCUGCUCACCUUGACUUGUGGCAGUUAGCCCUUGUUUCGCCUACUUAACACACAGGCUUAAGUUGUGACAAUGACAUUGCAGUUGAAGAUAAGGUCCUCUAUAUAAUCAAACAGUGGCUUUGCAACCUUUAAUAAUUGUAUUAACUUUUCAUGAGUGCUUGGAUGAGUCCAUCUGCUCUGGCUGUGUUUUAACUUGGUGUUUCACAUAUGUAACUUCCUUUCUGCAUUCCCAGCUGGAGAGAUUUUUCAGAGCUUUGGGCAUGGUGCUGGUGCUGAAUGGCUUCUGAUACCCAGCCAAGUGUAGCUGCGGUUCCUCUCUGGGUAAGUAAUCACAACAUACAGGCAGAAGUGUGAAAUGUACCUUGAGGAAAGGCUGUUUGUGAAGAUAGGUGCACAUUGAUAGAAUCAGCUGCAAAAAACCCCAGCAGUAUAAACUUCAGGAAUGGAACAAGGCAUCUGCAUGAGUGUAUGUAUGCUGACUGUGGAAAGGAUGGUAUUUAGCUGGUACAUUUCAGGAUAUAUGAACAGAUAUACACUGCUUUUAGUUUUUGCCUAUCAUGCAAAAUGACUUAAUCAGUAGACUGAAACCAAACCCAAAGCAAGCUUUGCUGAAUUGGUUAGUAAAAAUAUGCAAUGUUCCUAACGAUUUAAUAGGUAUUCAGGAGUAUCAGUUUUACUUUAACUAGUUGCAAAUUUUUCUUUAUGGCAAAGAGUCUAUGUGAAUGUAUUUUAAAGUCUCAUAAAGAAGGGUGGUAAGCAAAUUAAACUUACCACAACUAAGGGUGUAGAUACUUUUGCUUUUCCCAGCUAUGUGUGCACUGGCGUCAGUUCUGAUAAAAGCUGAUGGUGUAUUUGAUUUUGUCCAUGCAGCAAAGUUUUUUCAUGGGUUACAUGGGAAGUAAAACUGCCACUGGUUUGCAUAAUUGUGAUAUUACUGUUCUGUCAACAAGUGCCUUAGUCUGUUCAUUUUCAUGGAUUAAUGCCCAGCAAUGGGAACUUCUCCUUUGACCUGAAGACAGGACAGUAUCAGCUGACAAGCAGACACUUGCUGCUUACUGACAAAUAUUCAUGGUCCCUGAUCUUGUCUUGGGUCACAGAUUUCUCAUGGUUUUCUGUAAUGUAUUACUCAGAUUCGCUGCAGUGAGGAAAGCAGAAUGGUUUCAGUUCAGUUUCAGUUCAGACUACCUUACUCAUCUAUCUCAACAUGAAACCCAGAAAUUUUCUUUCAGCAAAGCAUUAAAUUCUUCUUUACAAAAUUGAAAAGGUAAUUGCAAAAGAAAAGUUUCAAAAGCAUCUAAUGCAAGCUUGAAAUAUAACUGGUACUACUAUCUAUAUUAAAUUUUCAUACUUCUCAGCUUCUUUAGCUGAAUCCCUUCUUGCCUUCAGCUCUCCUCCAAAGCGCAGUUUUAUGGAGUGGAGGAAGCUGUAGACUGAGUCCAGAACAGGCCCAGGUGCCCCCUCUCCCCCUAAUUUGCUCAUACCUGAAGAAUUCAUUACACACUUCAUUAAUCUUAAAAUUCAUUAAGAUUAAAUAAAUCUUCAUUCAUUUGUUCAUCUCUGCUUCUUUCUUCCUUGCUAAUUAAUCUCACCGAAGCAUGUUGUAUUAGUUUGGAGGCUUAUGGGAGUGAGGUGUUGGUUUUGGUUAUUUACAUCUGCCUUUGCAGUGCACUCACACUCUGCUCUGUUGAUUUGCUUGCUAGACUCAUGCCCCUGUUCAAAACGCUAAUUGAAUGGCUGCUUUAUUGGAUUCCUCCAUCUCCAGAUUGCACUAUAUUGCUGUAUUCUUCAGGGCUUCUUUACAGCUUUCGUAUCAUAGACAAUAUUCUCUGUAGUUUACAUUUUAUAAUUUCUUGAAGGAAGCUACAAUGUGGGGUAUCCCUGAUAACCAUCCAAGGCAUCACUAGCGUAAAGAUGAUUGACCUGUAAAGGUUUUGAACCAUGCCAGUUUCCCCCUGUUACUAACUUUCGAGAUCUAAGCUUCUGCCAUCUGUUAAUGUGCUACAUUAAUUCUUCUGCUUGAUGAGGAAAAUAACUCAGUGGGUUAGAGCUCUGCAAGAGAUUUUGAUAUGAAGAGAAGUUGGUGGUGAGGGUUCUGCUUCCUCUUUUCUGUGCGUGCAAAAGAGGAGAUGCACUUGACAAAUUCCUAGAACAUCUGUGUAACCAUCAGAAGUAGACAUGAAAUUAGAAAUGCAGAAUUAUUUAAACAAUCCUGCCUUGGUGAAUAUUCUGUACCACAGAUUGGUUUAUUUCCUCCUAAACUGUACAGUUAUGUAAAUAUUACAGAAGUAAAUGUAUUUUGAGUGUGUACUGUUAAAAGUUUCCUUUCAUUGUGCUCUUAAUACCCGCAUUGUAGGGAAAAUUAUAUAGCCUAUAUAAGAAAACCCUAUUCUUUCUACUUCCUAAGGUAGUAAUUAUUAAGAAAUUAGCAUCUCAUGUGAGAUUCCCCAGCUUGCAAAUUACAUAUGUUUGAGGAUGUUAAUCAAGUAAGCAGAGGACUUUUGCUGCCGCUUUGCUUAGAGAUGAAUGCUACGUACAAAAGGUGGGUUACAUUUGCGCCAUUAUUUACAUUUUUUUCUUUUUGUUAUAUGUAUUUUGGACUCCGUCAAAUCUCAGGUGCUGGUGUUUCUUCACUGUUGGAAGAUAUUCUUGCAUUUUGAAAUUUUAUUGUAAAUGCUUAUCUGUAUGUUGAACUUCAACAAAGAAGAAAGGGGAAAAAAGUUUGGUAUGGCAAUUUUCAUUCUCAGCCAACUCUAAUUUAAUACCAUCAUAAAAUAGUGUUGGAGGGGUAACUGUUGAUCCUUAAUAUUGCUUUGCUAGACAUAGCUGCUUUAUUCUUUGAAUGUGGCACUCUUCAGUGCUAUACAGUGUGGAUCAUCCCUUGUCCCCGCGUAUAGCAUAGCAUGCAGAGUAAAUUAAAACUUGUCUGGCAAUGGCCAGUUUCCUGGUUUUUUCUCCCUUCACAACAUUUCUUGCUUUGCUCCUGACAUCCCUUUUGCCCAGGGCGAUGUUCCUCCAGAUAGUUCCAGAUCAAAGUUUAUUUGAUUCAAGAGGUUCUUUACCAGCCUGGACUCUGAAGAACAGGGUCAGCUGCUCUUUGAAGGAAGCUGGGUUAGAUUUCCUUGGCUUGGUUCUUCUUGUGAGUGAUACCGUGCUUUGACCAACCAUCCCAGCUUAAUUUCUACUCCGUGCUCAGGUACCCCAGCACAACUUUCUGAAGGUAGAAUUUGACCUCUCAAUUGGAUUUUAUUGAGGGCUGGACUCAUCACUGAGACAUAUUGAACAAAAAACAAAGAUAUGCUUCUGUGUGUCUGUAAAAAACCAAGAUAAACCUGGAAAGCAUAAUGAGACCCCUUAUAAAUAUCUAUGUCUUUGCUUGUGUCUUUACAUUCACACUAUGGAAUAAUAUCCAGCCAACUGUGGAAAAUGAAUUUAUUGCAAAUUAUUCAAGCAGUUUGCUAACUAAUGUUCCAAAAAAUGUUCCAGUCCAUACUCAUGUACUAGAUUUAUCACAUAAUAGGAUCUCUGGACUUAGUAUCUCAGAAUUUAUUUCUCUUUCUGACCUUCAAGUAUUAAAUCUUUCUCAUAAUCUAAUUACGGAGCUUGACUUUAGUGUCUUCAUUUUUAAUGAAGAUUUAGAAUACUUAGAUUUAUCACAUAAUAACAUUUUGAAAGUUUACUGUCAAACUCUUGCAUAUCUUAGACAUUUAGAUCUUUCUUUCAAUAAGUUUACUGCCCUGCCCAUCUGUCAGGAAUUCAGGAACAUGUUUGAUUUGGAGUACCUAGGAUUAAGUGCCACGAUGAUACGAAGGUCGGACUUCAGGUAUAUCAUGCAUUUGGAGCUGCAUACUGUCUUCCUAACCCUAGAAGACUUUUCUCUGUAUGAGCCUCAAAGUCUGACAGCCUUGAAUACAAGGAGCCUCCACAUUAUUUUUGCAGCCCAAAACUUCAGUUUUUCCCUCUUGUAUGAUGGAAUGAGCACUGCAGAAAACUUAAAAAUAGUUAAUUUAUUAUAUACGUUGAGCUACAAAGAUUUUCCCUCUCCUUCUUUAACGCUUCUGAAGAAAAUCAAGACAACAACACUGAUGCUUGACACCGUGGACUUACAAUGGGCUAUCAUUUUGCAAAUUUUCCUGCUUAUUUGGUAUUCACCUGUGGAACAUUUGACUGUGAGAAACUUGACUUUUCGGGGACCACUGGGCGAGUUGACUGAAUAUGAAUUUCUACCUUUAUUAAGCUCUGUGGAACAAUUAAUCUCUUUGGGUGGGUCCAUGAAAGUGCUAACUAUGGAGCACGUUCGUAAUAAGGUUUAUUAUUUCAACCAGGAGAUUCUAUACAGACAGUUUGCAGAGAUGAAUAUUGCCAGUUUGACAAUAUAUGAUGCAUAUAUGCCACACAUGCUUUGCCCCAACAGAACAAGCUCAUUUCAGUAUUUAAAUUUUUCUCACAAUGCCCUGACGGAUGAAUUGUUUCAGAAUUGUGGCACUCUGACAGAUCUGCAAUUACUUAUUUUGCAGAGGAAUAAAUUUGAGAGCCUUCCCAAGGUAAGCUUCAUGACCAGCCGUAUGAAAUCACUGAAAUAUCUCGACAUUAGCAGCAACUUGCUGCGUCAUGAUAGAGCUGAUGUACAGUGCCAGUGGGCUGAGUCUCUGACAGAGUUGGACCUGUCCUCAAAUCAGUUGACGGACGCUGUGUUUGAGUGCUUGCCAGUCAACAUCAAAAAACUCGACCUAGAAAACAAUCAGAUCACCAGUGUCCCCAUGGGGAUGGCUGAGCUGAAGUACUUGACAGAGCUGAACCUGGCAUCAAACAGGCUGGCUGACCUGCCGGGGUGCAGUGGCUUUAUGUCCCUGGAGUUCCUGAACAUAGGGAUGAACUCAAUCCUCACCCCAUCUGCCGACUUCUUCCAGAGCUGCCCAAGGGUCAGGGAGCUACAAGCCGGGCACAACCCGUUCAAGUGUUCCUGUGAACUGCAAGACUUUAUCCGUCUGGAGAGGCAGUCUGGGGGGAAGCUGUUUGACUGGCCAGCGGCAUACGUGUGCGAGUACCCGGAAAACUUGCGAGGAACGCAGCUGAAGGACUUCCACCUGAGUGAACUGGCUUGCAACACGGUGCUCUUGCUUGUGACAGCUCUGCUGCUGACGCUGGUGCUGGUGGCUGUCGUGGCCUUUCUGUGCAUCUACCUGGAUGUGCCGUGGUACAUGCGCAUGACGUGGCAGUGGACGCAGACGAAGCGUAGAGCUUGGCACAACAACCCUGAAGAGCAGGAGACCGUUCUGCAGUUUCACGCGUUCAUUUCCUACAGCGAGCGCGAUUCGUUGUGGGUGAAGAAUGAGCUGAUCCCGAACCUGGAGAAGGGUGAGGGUUGUGUACAGCUGUGCCAGCACGAGAGAAACUUUAUCCCCGGCAAGAGCAUCGUGGAGAACAUCAUUACGUGCAUUGAGAAGAGCUACAAGUCGAUCUUUGUGUUGUCUCCCAACUUUGUGCAGAGCGAGUGGUGUCACUAUGAGCUGUACUUUGCCCAUCACAAAUUGUUCAGUGAGAAUUCCAACAGCUUAAUCCUCAUUUUACUGGAGCCGAUUCCUCCGUAUAUUAUCCCUGCCAGGUAUCACAAGCUGAAGGCUCUCAUGGCAAAGCGAACCUACCUGGAGUGGCCGAAGGAGAGGAGCAAGCGUGCCCUUUUCUGGGCUAACCUGAGGGCAGCUAUUAGCAUUAACCUGCCAAUAUCCUUUGAAGAAAAUGAAGAGCAGAGUGAUGUUACUUCUACUAGUAGUAUAAGUCAGUAUGUGAAUAACUGACUUGACUGUCUUGCUUUAAAUUGUGUUAAUCAAUUUUUUGUAUUUUUUUACAGUAUUCCUAGUUUGUAGCAAAAUGUAAUUGUGAUACAUCCAGAAAUUGCUAUUGCUUAUUCUAGUUGUGAAAGUAGGCAGAAGUCGUCUGCAGUUGCCUGUCACCAACAAAGAGAAGGAGAGAGAAUUUUUCAUAGUGAUUGCACUUAUUUUCGUAGACUUGUGUUACAUUUAUUUUGGACUUUUUCCAUUGAAGGCCAUAUUUGAAAGUAACAAAAAUAGUGGUGGGUUCAAUGUCAUCAGGACUGUCAAGGCAUGCUUUUAAUCUUGGUUCUCACAUGGUUGUUGUGGGGUUAGGGUGGUAGGGAUCUGCUUCCUUGGGUUUAAUUAAAUAAUACAAUGAAGAAGAAAACUCUUGUUUAAAUUCUUUCCUGUUCAUUGGUAUACUAGAUGUGCAGGGUAGAGUAUCCCUGCACCUUCAGCCUGUUCACCCUUCCUGGAAGUCUUUUCCUUCAUCACAGGCAGAGACUUUCCUGGGUAAGAGCUGAAAGUUGGAGCCAUUGUUCCCUGUUUAAUAUUCUUCUUCCUUUGCUGUACUAAACAUUCCCACUUGCCUAGACUACCUACCAAAUCUUGAUUUCAUAGAAUUCACUAUUUGUUAUCUUCAAAAUAAUAGUUAAUAUCUGAAUUUAUUAUUUUUUAUAAUAUUAUAAUAUUGCUGCUUUCUACUAUGAUAUCAAGUUAUACUGAGUUGCUUGUUUUUCCUGUUUUCUAAAAGGUAGAAGCUUGCUAUUUGGAGGUGAAUCCCCCUUUGUCUCUAGACUUUCACUGAACUCUGUUACCUUGCCCUUUUAAUCAGCAGGUGCUGAGGGUCAUCCUGCAGGUGAAAAAGGAGUAAUUUUCAUUGGGAAAUAACUUCUCUGCUAAAAUCAAACUGAUUAAUGGUAUUUGUUGAUAGGAGACAUCUAAUAAUUUGCUGUGCUUGGAUUUAAUUUGACAAUCUAAUAAACCUCUCAUUUUGUAUCUGU